AUGAGAGAAAAUGUACCUGAAAACAGUCGACCAGCCACAGUACCCCUGCCACCUCAUAUUUUCAGUGAAAGCCAGUACCAUGGGGACUAUGAUGGCUUCUUUGAAGCCAGAGAGAACAAUGCAGUGCAUGCCUUUUUAGGCUUGACAUCUCCACCUGGUUCAAAGGAACCUGAAGCGCAGGCAAAGCAGCAAGCAUGA